AUGGAGCCGAAGAUGAACUCCGUUUUCUGGCUGUUUAUUGUUGUGGGAUCCACUUGGAGCACUGGUGAAGGUGUUGCACUGAAACUGGACCAGGCCCUGCUCACCCUAUACAAUCACCUUCCUCAAGAAGGCCAGCUGUUCUCCACCUCAGCGUGUUGUUACAAGUGCCAGUCUCAAUUGCUGCUCACUGUAGGCCCCGGUUUUCCUGAUUCACCCUCCAAUGCCAGUGUUUCUAUUAGCACUCACUGCGUCCUCAACUUGGAAUUCUUUGUGGCAGGAGGAAAUAGCUGCAGCUGGAGUGAACUCUAUGGAGACCAUGGCUGGUACUCAGUGUCUGUGCAGACCUGGCUUACGGGACAGAAUGAGAGUGGUUUGUUCUGCACCUCUAGAAAGGACCGAGAGCCUCAGGACAGCUCUAUCCCUCUCCUGGUGGCCUUGGCUAUCUUUGUGGCUGCGAUCCUGCUUUAUGUUCUGCGACUACAUGGGUCAAAGCUUCGCUGUAUUCAGGACUGCUACCAUCUGUUCCAACACAAAUGUUUCCCUCGGCUGUUUAAUCGUGCAUCAGAGCCUCACCUCCCUAACCAUGUCUCAACUGAAGAACCUAGGAAGAAAAGACUUCUUUCUCUAGACACAUUCAGAGGCUUGUCACUGACACUGAUGGUUUUUGUUAACUACGGUGGAGGUGGCUACUGGUUCUUUGAACACGCUCCAUGGAAUGGCCUUACAGUUGCUGACCUGGUCAUGCCAUGGUUUGUCUUCAUCCUUGGCACUUCGGUGGCUCUUGCAUUUCAUAUCAUGUGGAGGAAAGGAGUGAAGAAUGUGCAGCUCUUCCGUAAGGUAGCCUGGAGAACUGGUGUCCUAAUUGCCAUUGGAGUCCUUUUUCUCAACUAUGGACCAGCAGAUGGACCCUUGUCCUGGAGUUGGGCAAGGAUCCCCGGAGUUCUGCAGAGGCUUGGCUUCACCUAUUUUGCUGUGGCCAUGAUGCAGAUUGCCUUGGGGGUGACAGAUAUCCAGAUGUACCAGGUUGGCACAUGGUGGGCUCCUCUCAGUGAUGUUGUCCUUUACUGGCAGGAAUGGCUUAUCAUCAUCGGUCUGGAGAUUCUCUGGUUGUGUCUCACCUUCCUGCUGCCUAUUCCUGGUUGUCCCAGAGGCUACCUGGGCCCUGGAGGGAUAGGAGAUGAUGGCAAAUACUUCAACUGCACAGGUGGAGCAGCAGCCUACAUUGACAAGUUGAUUUUGGGAGAAAAUCAUCUGUAUCAUUUCCCAUCUUGCAAGGAGCUCUACAAGACAACACAACCCUUUGAUCCUGAGGGCAUCUUGGGGACAAUUAACUCUAUCGUAAUGGCUUUCUUUGGGCUUCAGGCUGGAAAGAUUAUCCUAAUGUACCGCACUAAGCCAUGGAGCGUCCUGAAGAGAUUUCUCAUCUGGUCCGUUUUGCUGGGGCUUAUCUCGGCUAUCCUAACUCUGGGCACACAGAAUGAAGGAUUUAUUCCAGUCAAUAAGAACCUCUGGUCUCUGUCCUUUGUUACAACCACCAGCUGCUUCUCCUUCAUUCUGCUGGCCCUGCUGUAUUACAUCAUUGAUGUGAAGGGUUGGUGGAGUGGCUGUCCUUUUAUUUUCCCAGGAAUGAACUCCAUCUUGGUUUAUGUUGGACACUCUCUCCUGGGAAGCUACUUCCCUUUCAGCUGGGAGAUGAAGUCACCUACUUCUCAUGCUGAGCCCCUGGCUCAGGACUUGCUGGGAACAGCAAUCUGGGUCUUUGUUGCCUUCCUGCUAUUUAGAAAGAAUGUCUUCCUUAAGAUCUGAUGCUUCAGGGCCAGCCCUGAGGUUGGAGGAUUCUGUGGGUGAGCAUCACUUGACUGGGGGAAAGCAGGUUUUGAGGCCAUGGGGAAGGUGAUUUUGGAAAGGACAAGUGGUAAUUUGGUCGAGCCUUUGGCUCACACCCUGAGUGCCUUAAAUCCAAUUGAGUUAUCUGUGCAAAGAAGAGCUGUCAUUUCUACACACCUCAUUCCAGGAAAAAAGUGUCUUGUGGGCAUGGAGCCAGUCUGAUCUCUGCUCCUACUUUUGAAAUGAAUAGAGGGCUUCAGGCUACAGGGGACUCAGCUCUGGCAAGACUGAGGCUAUAAGAGCAGCACUGAGGCUAUAAGACCUGGGACCAUAUUGCCCUCUUAUCUGCUCCCUCCUUUCUCUAUACACCAUUCCCUUAAGCAAUGUAAUGAUCCCCCAAAGCCCCCAGCAAACAUUCCUCCCAAAGCAAAACUGAGCCAUCCUAGAUAUCUGUCCCCCAAAAAGCAUCCUAGAUCCAAACCAGGCAUUAAUCAUUUCUGGUUUUAGGAACAAGGACAAAAGCUUCUGUUAAGGGUUAUAGGGAAAGGAUCAGAGAUCUAAAAUAUGGACCUUCAUCUAGUCCAACCUCAUUUUUUCAGUUGUGAAAACUGAUGCCCAGAGAGCUUAAUUUGCACUAACUCAUUAAAUUCAGAGCCAGGUUUCAAACUUAGGUCCUCUGAAGCCAAAUCUAUUGUUUUCCCACAAUGCCAUAGGUUUCUAUAUCUGAGCCUUUUCUUUUCCCUCUGUAUCCCAGCCAAAGCAAGUUCCCAGCUACUUCUCCCUCAUGUGCCAUUUUCAUGGAGAUACUGAGUCUAAGAGGGCAAAAUAUUUUCUUUGAUGAUUUGGGUGUAAUUUCAGCUCUCCUGGAGCCUAGUCCUAUUGCUGCUGGUACUUAAGACCCUAUCAAGGACUCUCCUAUGAUUUUUGUCAUCAAGAUCUGUCAGUUAACAUUAACUGAACUUCUCAUGGGCUUCUUUAGACCUCCUUCCCCUGCUAUCAAAAGAUUUUACCUAGAGAGAAAACAUGGUAUGGUAGAAAGAACCCAGGCCUCACGAUCAAGAAACAAGUUCUAUUUCUAGUUUCCCUUCCCCCCAGAUCAGCUGUGUGACCUUGGGUAAACUGCACACAUAGAAUCCGAGAGUUGAUUCCUACUGUGACGUUGAAAAUCUAAAUGUGGGUCCUAACCUGCCCCUCCCCAUUUGGGGCGGCGGGGGGGGGGGGGGGACUGGCUAAGAUUACCGAUAAAUCCAGCAAGAGUUUAGGCUUUUAAGGAUUAAUAGAAGUAUAUUAGA